AUGGUGUAUGGGUGUGGGAGUGCCACGCAGUCCCCCUCCAGGCGCAUUGCUGAGCGUAACCCGUCAAUCGAUCUCCAAGCCCGGCCGACCAUCACCYAUGGUAAGCCAAACAGGCCACUGCUACUGCGAGGAACGCAUUUCAUGAGACCCGAUCCAUACGAUGUUCCACUGGCCACCCCAAAGUACGAAACUCCAGCGCCGCAGCGUCGUAGACCAGCGGUGAAAAUGCCUGAACCUGAUGAUUCGCCGCUUUCUGAAGGCGAGCUGGAAGCAGUUUACGGAAACACCGGUACCGGUGGAAACAAUGUCAGCCCUGCAUCGGCAUCCCCAAGCAGUAGGACCAGCCUUGGGCACAGGAUCGAACCUGUGCCACCUCGGACAUCUUCACCGUCCGGGAAGAGAGGAUUCAGAAAUGCAAGCAAUAGACUCGUCUGCAAUCCUCGGCAUCAUUUUGAUUUGAAUCAAGAUGUUMAGUCAAAAACCGCCACGGAGGAGAAUUUUCCUAGAAGACUACAAGCGGGCACCGCAGCCGUAACUACUGUCACAGCGGAGCCUGUUGGGCUACCAAAGCCUGCCCUUUCAAGAGUCAAUGCUAGACGUCGAAUCGUCCAGCCAGACUCGCCCGAGCCAAAAGUCCCUCCACGCAAGAUCGCCACGCCAAUCAGACGACUUCCGGUUGAUGAACUUCUUCUAGUUCCUUUUCCACCGGAGCAACAGGACCAUUUUCGUGAUCCGGACAGUAGCUUCGCUGGCAUACAAAAGCAARAUCCGAUCGCAGAUAGUUUAAGUCCUGCCCAGAAGCCAGUGGCUGCUCAAACGAAUGGUAAGUCUCUUUCGAAGGAGAAGCCCCUGACCUCUAUCCGGAAGCGAUUGAAGACCUCGACAUUCUCCCACAAGUCGAUCUUCGCCUUGCGCAAGAAGGCCGAUGACCAGAAACUUAAGUUGGGGAAGGUCGACAGGGUUCUUGGCGAUGGUUUUGACGCUUCGGAGCUCAAGAUUCGUCCGUGUCAGGUAAAGAAGCAACGCAGAAAUGGGACCACACCGUUGCGCGGACUAGGAACGCUGCAGCUACAGCAUGGGCCUCUACCAGAAGUGAAGUUUGAGGAGGGCGGUGACGAGUUUAAAGUCGAACCGCCAGACGGGCAAUCUUUCCCGGACGAAGGCAUCAAAGCCGUGCAGACAUUCGCUCAGCUGGACGACUCGAAGGAGAGCAAGAGCGAUCGACGGGUCACGUUCAGUGACAGUUUCUUUGACGAAACAACCAGAGCUGAACUGUCAUCUGUAUCAGCUCCGAGGAGAGUAUUUGAAAUAUCAUCUGAUGAGAGCGAGCAAGAAGAAGACGAACAGGAAGAUGAAGAUGACGAGGACGAUAGCGAUAGCGGUGCUGGGAAAACGGAAAUGCUCUCUGGAGAGGAACACCAUGAACGGCCUGAUAAGGAGACAGCUCGCCUACGCUCUGGUGCGGCAGCAGCGAGAUCAGCCACACCAACCAGCUUUCAGCGCGCAAGGCCACUAUUCUCGGCUGGUGAAAGGCUUAGACCAGCUGUUACGCCUUUCAGUCUUGAGGAUUCUCGGCAUGCUGGCGUUACUCUUGACUUUCGCAAAUCGGUGACACCUGGCUAUGCUGGACAUUCGCUCCGAACACAGAGGCUGAUGGAGGUCAAUGAGAUGAUCAUUGACAGCCCUCCUGUUGAUGAGACGGGCAUGUCGUUGCCCGAACAUGAUGCACGGGAGCACAACUAUACGUACGAUGAUCGGCGCAUGGAGAGAGUUGCCGCUGCCAGCCCUACCCGCCGUCCUCGUUCAAUUCUCCGAUCCAGCACACCCAUUCCACACAACAGACCUGGAACAAGACCUCAGGACACGGUUGCCAAUACCCGACGAAACAGUAACAUCGCUUUGGAGUCACAGCACUUCGUUGGACCGUCAGCCGCGCUGCGGGGAAAGCGCGCAGAUCACGGUCUGAAUCUACGGCAGCAUUCACGCCCAGAUCUCCACGAAGAGUCAGGCGAGGAUCGUGCAGAUGCUGAGGAAGUCCUCGAUUACGAGAUCGUCACUCGCAGGCGUAAAACUGCUGUCACUCUGGAGGACACGAAUUCAAGGUACUUUGAAAGCGCUUCCAGCCAAUUGCAUCAUCCGCCGCAGGAGUCAAGAUCACCGCCACGCCGAAUGAGCAAACAUCAGGAUGCUGCAGCGAGCCACUUCUUCGCACAAAGGCGUAGAGAAGCGGAGACCCAUGUUCUAGGUAGCUCACGAACCGUGCCCGACACCUCCCCGCAACGCAAGACAGACUACAUGACGAAUCUCGGCCUGAGCCUCAACAUUGUUCGUCGUGAAGCUGAGAAAACGUGGACAUCCAGCCAGAGCUUGCCAGACGCAAACAAUACCAAAGAUCUGAAGAGUCUCACCAGGAGCGUGAGCCGCGAGCAUGGGACAUUGAGCCAGGCCAGGAGGAGGCCGACCUUGCCUUUUCAAAGUCCUACGAAGGCGAAGACUUAG